AUUACAGUUAUUUCACUUUUUAAGUCUCACUUUUUGGGAUAAAAGGAGGCUCCAUCAAUCCAGCUCUCGUGUCCGCUCGGAAACUGCUGUUUAUUAUCACGGAAGAUGAAAAGCUUGAUAUUCGAAGUGCUUUGUUUUGUGUCCUUCCUCAUCUCCAUCCGUUGCACACCGGCACCGGGCACCGAACCCCCGAGGAUCAGCCCGAGCUGCGCGUCCUGCGGGCUCAGCCAGACGGAUGGAGACACACGGGUUGACGUGGAUCUGCUGGAUGCGGUGAAGAGACACAUUCUGAGCCGGUUACAGAUGCGGGACAGACCCAACAUCACACACCCAAUCCCGAAGGCGGCGAUGGUGACCGCGCUCAAGAAGCUCCACGCCGGGAAGGUGCGCGAGGACGGGAGGGUGGAGAUCCCGAACCUGGACGGACACGCAGCGUCCAUGAACGAGGUGGAGGAGGAGACCUCGGAGAUCAUCAGCUUCGCCGAGACAGGCGAGUCGCUGACCUCCAAAACCAGCCUGUUUUUCGUGAUCUCCAAUGAGGGCAACCAGAAACUAUACGUGUCCCAGGCCAGUCUGUGGUUAUACUUCAAGCUUCUGCCUAACGUUUUGGAGAAAGGCUCCAGAAGGAAGGUCACAGUGAAGGUUAACGCGCAGGAACCGGGUUUCGGGAGCAAGUGGAACUUGGUGGAGAAGCGUGUGGAUCUCAAACGCAGCGGAUGGCACACUUUUCCAUUGACGGACACCGUGCAAAUGGUUUUCGCCAAAGGUGAUCGCCGGCAGAACCUGGACGUACGGUGUGAAGUGUGCGAAAAGAUGGGCGUUGUGCCUGUUUUGGUAAACACUGGCGACGAAUCCCAUCGUCCAUUCCUUGUGGUCCAAGCUCGAGCGGCUGACAACAAACACCGCAUUCGCAAACGAGGUCUUGAAUGCGAUGGAAGCAGCAGCUUGUGUUGCCGUCAACAGUUUUACAUCGACUUCCGCCUCAUCGGCUGGAACGAUUGGAUCAUUGCCCCGUCAGGGUACUUUGGGAAUUAUUGCGAAGGGAACUGUCCGGCGUACAUGGCCGGGGUUCCCGGAUCGGCUUCGUCUUUCCACACGGCCGUCGUGAACCAAUACCGAAUGCGAGGAAUGAGUCCGGGAUCCAUGAACUCCUGCUGCAUCCCGACCAAACUGAGCCCCAUGUCCAUGCUGUACUUCGACGACGAAUACAACAUCGUGAAACGGGACGUGCCCAACAUGAUCGUCAAAGAGUGCGGCUGCGCUUAAGACUUCCAAAUAUCAUAGUAAUUGAAACUAAUAUUUAAGACUCGCCCAUGCUCAAAAAUCUUUCCACGCAAUCUUUGUAAAUAUAUUUAUGUUCUUUAAUCAUUGAGCAAUUCCUGUCAACAGGUUUGUACGUUACUGUCACGUCAAAAAGAUGGGAUUGGUUUUAUCUAUCUCUACACUUUUAAAAGACAAAGGUUCUUUAUUGGCAUCAAUGGUACCGUGAAGAUCAUCCAUUAGACAAAAAAAGUUAUUUAGAUUAUUAAAAUGUUCUUUACUCUAAGAAAAACUUUCUUUUGAAAGGACAGUUCACCCAAAAAUUUAAAGCUGUUAAUUUACUCACCCUCAGGUCAUCUAGAUGUAGGUGAUAUUUUUCUUCAGUAGAGCAUUUAAGAAAAUAUUUAGCUGAAGCCGUGCUCUUUUGUGCAUGUUAGCAAAUGCACAUUUUGAAGUAUUUAAAAAAGCAUGUACAGACAAUACCAGUCACUCCUGGCGAUAUAUUGAGGUCUUAAGAAGUGAAACAAUCGGUCUGUGCAAGAAACCUGUCAUUAUUUACAACAUUUUGGCUCAGGUGGCAGUGACAGUCAAGCGUCUGAGAGUGAGUUUUGAUUGAG